GUGACAAGCGCUUUCACCUGGUUGCAAACUUUGUCCUUGGAGAUUACCAGGCCAUCAUGACCAUGGCCUUGAACUCUGACGCGGCAUGGUUGAGCGAUGAAAGCUCACCGCAGUCGCGCGUUUGGACGAGCUUCAUGCAAGGGGACGACGAGAGCAGACGACAGCGUGUCAAGUUGAUUCUCGCCGUCGAGGAGGGCCCCUGGCUGGUUAAGAAGGCUUUCAUCAAGAAGCCUAUGUUGAUAUGCAAGCUGCUACAGUGCAAGUUUCACCACAAGCCUGACGAUUUUCUGGAGAUCGCGUUUGAACGAGCAAAUGGUGCAACUGUUGGCGUGGUUCUGAACUCCAUGCGCGGAGCCGUCCUGAGCUGUGCGCUGCUGCUGGAGGCGAAGGCCUCUCGGUUUCUUGGCAUGGUGGACCCGAUUCGUCGUGUCCGAAAGUCCUAUUCGAUCAUCAUGGGGGUGGAUGGCGGCGAUAUCCUUCAGCAACCCAUCCGCAUCACGAUCGGCGAGGUUGGCCAGGCGGCUGCCAAUGUGCAGCAGUUUGUCGAAGUCCUUAAGAACGACGAUGAAAAGUGGGCGUCGGCAUGGCUCUCAAAGCGGGUUGACGGUAUGCUGCAGAAGGGUCAGUUGUUGGUCUUCGUCAAGUCCAUUGCAAGUGCAGAGGAGAUCUCGCAGAAUUUCCAAGAUUUCUUGGAAAAGAAAACCGAAUUUUUGCAUGGAGACCUGGAUCAAGGUGAGCGGAUGCGCAUUCUACGCAACGUCAGGAAGCGAGUGGUGGAUGUGCUGAUUGCCACAGACGUUGCUGCUCGAGGCCUUGAUCUCCCAUCCAUUUUCACCGUGGUGUCCUACGACGCUGCGAGGGAUAUCGAAACGCACACCCACCGAAUAGGCCGUACUGGGCGCGCCGGUGCGGCAGGGGAGGCCUACACACUUCUCACCAAUGAUGACCAGAACAAGAAGAUGGCCGCUCUACUAGUAGAGAACCUGGAACAAGCUAACCAGGCGGUUCCAGAAGACCUGAAGGGCCUGGCGAUGAAGUACGGCCCCUUCCGGGCUGCCAAGCUUGAAGGGCGCACCUUCCUUGGCAAAAAGAAGGGUGGCAAGGCAGAAAAAAGUUCGUUCGGAGUAGGCUUCGACGUUGCCUCACGCCAGAAGGAGACUGUCCAGGAUCUUGCCAAACGGCUGGACAAGGAGGCAGACCAGAUGGCCGCUCUGAACCGACAGAAGGCCAGUGGUGGCAUGAGAGCAGGUCCCAACCGCGUGCUGGCAAAGACUGGCUUCGUGGCGGCUGCUGUCUCUGAAGCGCCCAAAGAUCUGGCUACUCAGGGGCCAAAGAAGGACGAGGAGUCCUCCGAUGAAGAUCUCUUUGCCCCAGGCGUAACAAGCGCCUUUGGCCGGCCUGCCAAGGCCAAGGUAGCACCUGCACCCAGCAGGGUGGGCCUUGGCUUCACACUGCCUGCUUUGCAGCCGCAGCUGGGACAGAUACAGCCACAAGCCAGCCCUCAGCCACAUCCGCAGGUGAGUGCAGCAGCUGCGCUUGCGAUGACUACAUUGCAGACGCCCGCUGUAUCCAGCCCUCCUGUGCACGGCUUCAGCGACGCACCGCGGGGCUUCAGCGAUGGGCCCCUGGCAGCGCAGAGCCGAAAGAGGAGCCGAAGCAGGUCUCGAGGCCGGCGAAGUCGCGAAAGGUCCCGAUCGAGGAGGCGGAGCCGCUCCCGGGGGCGCCGACGCCGGAGGUCACCAUCGUGA